UCAGUUAACACAUGAGUUGACACUUCCGACAUUUUCACAUGACUAGCAAACCAGCAAAUCACUGGCGAAUGACAAAUCCGGCUGAACAAAGCAGUAACUUCCAUUCCAGAAAAUAGCAUUUAUCCAGAGGACUAAUUGAGGAACCACACGCAAAGGCUAGCUUGUUAUCUUAGCCAUGGCUCCUGGUGACGACAGAAAGGUGACAGGUCUGGUUGCUGCCACAUUCACUCCUUUGGAUGCUCAAGGUGAGGUCAACUUAUCAGUGAUUGGACCUUAUGUUGACUACUUGACAGAAAAGCAAGGUAUAAAGGGCAUAUUUGUCAAUGGCACGACCGGAGAGAGCAUGUCCCUCUCUGUUGCAGAGAGGAAGGUCCUGGCAGAGGAGUGGUGUCUGAGAGCAAAGGGAAGAAUGGAUAACGUGAUUAUACAUGUCGGAUGCAUGAGCCUGAAAGACUCCCAGGACCUGGCUCGUCACGCAGCAAAGAUUGGAGCUGAUGGGAUAGCGGCCAUUUCUCCCUCCUUCUUUAAGCCCAAAACUGCAGAGGCUUUGAGGAGAUUUCUCCAGGAAGUUGCUUCAGCUGCUCCAACUCUGCCCUUCUACUAUUACCAAAUCCCAUCAUUUACGGGGGUGAAUGUUCCAGUGAAAGAUGUGAUAGAAGACAUUGAGAAGCUCAUUCCCUCCUUCAGAGGAGUAAAGUUCACUGGGGGCGACCUGUUGGACUUUGGCCAGUGUGUCGGUUACAGCCAGCCUCACUGGUCAGUCCUAUACGGCAUGGACGAGCAAUUGCUAGCUGGUCUGGCAAUGGGAGCAAAUGGAGCUGUUGGCAGCACAUAUAACUACAUGGGAUGCUACGUCGACGAGAUGAUUUCGGCCUUUGAGACGAAAGAUCUAGUCAAAGCCCGAACCAUUCAGUUCAAAAUCCAAGAACUCCUGAAUUACGCCAUAAAACUUGGUUUUGAUACUGGAGUAAACAAGCAGCUGAUGUCCGACGUGUCUGGCUUGCAUCUCGGACCGCCUCGACUCCCUCUGAUGCCGUGCUCUCCUGAUCUCGCUCAGCUUCUCUUACAGAAAUACCACAGCAUUUUUGACUAACGGCUGGCGUAUCUCAGCUUGUACAGAUUAAACAAUGAGAGUUCAUCUUUUACCUCGUUCCUGCUAAUUAUGCUCACUGUACUGUAACGAUGAGUCCAGUUACCAUCUUUCACACAUAUCAACUAACCAGCUAUUUGUUAUCAGACGCGCACAUUUAUUUUUGGAAAACCGUAAAAUGUUGCAAAUUUUGCAGGUAGACUAGUUUCUAUUCUAUUCUCUAAUAUUGGACCAUUUCUAGAAAGUAGUGACUCUUUUAACUACUUAAAUGAGUGAUCAAACUGACUUUCUGGGAAGUCUUUCUUUUUUCUUUUUUUUUAAACCGGUUUAAUUUCAGCCAUAUUUUUGAUCCAUUAGAAAUAGGUCAACAUUUUUAUUUUUCUGCUUUAAUGUUACAUAUUUACAUUAAAAUAAAUUAAUGUAAUAUAUUUACAUUAAAACAGUCAACUGACUUGAACUGUGAUAGUGAAGGCAAUGUGUGAAAUUGAAUCAUACAGUUAUGUAAAAGAACAUUCUUGCCAAACAUCAAGGAGAUCAUAACAUGUUGCUUGUUGUUGUUGAUUAAUGAGUUUGUGGUUAUUGAGAAAUAAAAGGGAAAUGAACUGAG